CAAAUAAAUUACUCCAGUAGGGCCUUUCCCUUUUCUUUAAUUCAAAAGCUCAAUUUUUUUAUUCAUUUUUUAUUUGCUCUCACUUUUGUCUUUACCUUCCCUUCCUCUUUCCCAACACUUUCACUUUCCUUCCUCUUCAUUUCAAAUCUAGGGUUUCUAUUUAUUUCUCUCUUUCUUUUUCGUUGAUGUGUUCAAGAACAGCUCAUUCACAGUUCAAAAACAGAUGGUUGGUUAACCUCUGGUUUGAGAGUGGCUUCAAAGCUUUAAGCUUUUCUACAUUCUUUUGAAUAAGCUCUUCUAUGGGUUUGUGAUAUCGAGAAUUUUCAGCUUUUGACAUUUUUAGUUUCUUCUUUUCUUUUUCAUUCUCUCCUCUGGGUAGAGUCUCAAAGAUUUAUUUUGUUGAUUUUUCUAGCUGUAAAACUCUUGUUAAGAUUUUAGUUCCAGUGAUUCUAUUUUUCUUUAACUUUUGAUCAGCUCUUUGAUUGUUACUAGUGCAUUUUUAGAGUUGUAGAUUUGAGGGUAUUUUGAGGUGAGUAUUUAGUGAGUAAAUGCAUGGAUGGGAGGGAAAGCAUGGCACUAUCUGGGUCUUCUUCUUAUUACCUUCAUAGAGGGUAUAGUGGGUCUGGUUCUGCUUCUGGGUCUGGAACUCAAACUGGGUUAUAUAACCCGCCUGGUUUCAGGCCUCCAGCAAACCCUAACAUUUUAGUGCAGUCCAAUGUAAGGGAUAGCUCUAGAGGGUCAACAUUCCCAGUACAAAACACAUCACCAAGUUUCCCUCAUGGCCUCAACAUAGAUGUGCCAUCUGGUGUGCCAACUGUGGAGCCUGUAAAGAAAAAAAGAGGGAGGCCUAGGAAAUAUGGCCCAGAUGGGACCAAUGUGUCUCUAGGACUCUCUCCGAUGUCGUCGAGGUCGAUCACGCCCUCGACCCCAAAACGGGGUAGAGGCCGCCCGCCUGGCAGUGGGAGGAAGCAACAAUUGGCACUUCUCGGUGAAUGGAUGAACAACAGUUUAGCAGGAUUGGCUUUUGCACCACAUGUCCUCCACGUUGCACCAGGAGAGGACAUUGCCUCAAGAGUAUUGUCAUUUUCACAACAGAGGCCAAGGGCUGUAUGCAUCUUGUCAGGCAAUGGUGCAGUUUCUGCAGUCACACUUCGCCAACCUAUAUCCUCUGACACCACUGUAACAUAUGAGGGGCGUUUCCAGAUACUAUGCUUGUCAGGCUCUUACCUGGUUUCUGAAAGUGGUGGUCCUCGCAAUCGAACUGGUGGUUUAAGUGUUUCCCUUUGUAGUGCUGAUGGCCAUGUCAUUGGAGGCGGAGUUGGUGGCAUGCUUAUUGCAGCAAGCCCGGUUCAGGUGGUAGUAUGCAGUUUUGUAUACGGCGGUUCUAAAUCAAAGACCCAAAUGGCAGUUGAUCCCAGAGGUGAACAAUUUCCUGUGCUUCCUCCUGGUGAAAAAUCAGCCGCACCAGCAAUUGCUGCUUCUGGCCAAAAUCAUCAUACUCCGAAUUCUUCAGCUGGUGUUUGGCCUAGUUCAAUGCCUCAAAUGAGGAAUCCGCAUACUGGGAUUGACUUGACGCGUGGAUGAUGAUAGCAAGACACAUGGCAGUUUUUGUAUAUAUGUGUUGUAAAUGAACCGCGUCGAUGGGAUCGGUGAACUCUUUGACCACACCUUGUCUUACCAGGAUUAGAUGAUUGUUGUGCUAACAUAUUUGUAACAGUUAUAAUUAUGAGUUUUUAUGUAGGAACCAUUGUAGAAAUUUUCUGGCAAUUGGGAGUUUCGGUGCACUAUUGUCAUUUGUAGUAGGUGAACAUGAUUUCUGUUCCAAAUGAUCCAGGGGUUAUCUUCUUUGGGCUAAGUUGUAACUGUAUCUUCAUUUUAGUUUGUGAAAAAUAUUGAUGACCCAACUAGAUUUGUUUUCCAU